CUCGUGUUGCCGACUCUCAGCAGCUACAACAAUGAGUGCGAGCAGAGCUUGUUUGGCUAGUUUGAAUUGAAGUUUUCUUCAGUGAAACUGUCCGUAAUAUUUCACUACAUGUGCUCUCUGGGUUUCCAAAGCACUGUAUUAAAUGGAGCUGGAGGACCAAUGGUGGAAAGGACAACUUGCUGCAGAUAUAUACCGGGCGCUGCGAUACAAAGAGCUCAAGUUACCUUCCUUCAAAGGUCAGUCCCCUCAGCUCAAUUUGAGGCGAUACUUCGCAGACCUCAUAGCCAUUGUCAGCAACCGCUUCAGGCUCUGUCCUACGGCCAGGCACCUGGCCGUCUACCUGCUGGACCUCUUCAUGGACCGCUAUGACGUCACGGUGCAGCAGCUUCACAUGGUCUCGCUCUCGUGUCUUCUUCUGGCCAGUAAGUUUGAGGAAAGGGAGGACCGGGUGCCGAAGCUGGAAACACUAAACAACCUGGGUUGCAUGAGCUCCAUGAACCUGGUCCUGACCAAGCAGGGUUUACUGCAUAUGGAGCUGCUCCUGCUGGAAACUUUCCAGUGGAACCUGUACCUCCCUACGGCGGCCCAUUUUACAGACUACUACCUCUCUAUUGCGGUCCAUGAGGGUGAUCUGCAUGAUGGCUGGCCUAUGACAUGCCUGGAAAAGACUAAACUAUACAUGGCCAAAUAUGUGGAUUACUUCCUUGAGGUUUCCUUGCAAGAUCAUGUCUUUUUGUGUUUUGCACCUUCACUGGUGGCUGCUGCGUGUGUGGCCGCCUCACGCCUGAUCCUUCACCUGUCACCUACAUGGCCACCCCGACUGCAGCGCCUCACGGGCUACACAUGGGAGAACCUAAUCCCGUGUACAGAGAAACUACUCAUUGCACAUGACAGUGACGUCAAAGAGGCCAACAAGCAAAAGUGUCAGCAGCCCAACCAGCAGCAGCAGCAGCAGGGUCAGACAGUUUACCACACCUCAGCUCAGUACCUCAACCGAACAAAUGCGCAGUACCCCCAGCAAGCUCCACAGCCAGUCACAGCCCCUAACCACCUGCCUGCCUCCUACCUCAGCCACUCCACUGCCAACGGCCCCCAGAGCAUCAACACCCAAACCAUCUCCACGUCGCUGGAGCCAAAGUCUAACAUUCCCAACAGGGCAUUCCAAGUCAGCAUGCACUAUACUUGCACUGCUCCGUGCUUUGACAGAUGAUGGAUUUCCAAGGUUUAGUCAUUUUGGAAGAGGUAGAGUUAAGAUACUGCCAUUCAUUUCACCGGAUCAGAACAAGAUGAAGAGGGAGGAAAAAUGAAAAAAAAAAUCUUGUUUUUAAUUUGAAGAGUCUUGAUGAGAUUGGUGCAGCACUUUGAAUCACAGUACACAAUGUGCAAUAUGCCAAGUCUGCUGUAGUUUUCUUAUUUGUUUUUCAAGAUGGGUCAGGUAAGAAUGUAGUCGUGAAUUGCCUCUUGGCACAGUUUGCACCCUGUAUCCACUGUCACUGUUACUGCGUUACAGACCAAAAGUCUCGUAUUCAGUUAAGCCAAAGUAUUUCAGAAAUACUAUAUGUACAGUUACUUUGUGCCUUUAGCCAUCGUGACUAUUAGUAUAAGUUAAAACUGCAGUAACAAAAGGGGAUUGACAUUGUUUUGUAGUUGACGUGAGAGUAAAUGUUUCUGUAGCUUUGUGGGUUUUUUCCACAAAAACUAUUUUUGUUUGUUUGGAUGAAUGUCAUUUGUAAGACAAGGAAAUAAUAUACCCCCUAGAUGUCACAACGUACAGUAUUAGCAGAGUAAAUGUUCUCAUGUGGAUGGAGGACAGAGUGCAUUCUACAAUGACUGUUUUAAAUAAAAUAUAAACCUGUGUUAAACUGUGA